AUGAUGCUUUCCAUUUUCUGUGAUCCUAGAGUAACAUCCGACAAUGUGCGUGAUUCUCUUGUGCAUCCUGGCCAUUUUCUGUCCGCCUCUUGCUGUCUUAUUCGACCAAGGCUGUACGGCUCAAUUCUGGAUCAACGUGCUGCUUACCAUCCUGAUUUGGGUCCCAGGGGUUAUACACGCCUUUUGGGUACUUUUGUGCCGGCCAGGAGAGCACAAGUAUCACCAGUAUCAGCGAGGCACCAUGUAGAUCUACUGACUUACUGCGUUGAUCCAUCUGCUGCUUACUCGAAAUCGAAAAAUCAAAUUUUGUAAGCUAUCCGAGCUCAAUUUUUGCUAUAAUGUGACAAGGAGCUCUUUACUCACAUCAUACGGACUGCUUUAGUUAAGGCCUUAAAGUAUCUCCAACGCUUGCAUGCGAUUUGGGUUUCAUGCGAAAUUUCUCUCUGACAAUGAGAAAUUCUUGUGGUUUUCAUACUUCUGACAGUUUCCGCAUGGAGCUCCACAGUGCUAUUUUUUCAUUUACCCGAACAGUACGCAUGUUAUGUUACAAACAAUCCUACUCAUUCCACUAACAGUUUAUUUUUUGUUCUUAUGAAACGACUUAUAUUUCGAUUUUUAUCCGAUUUUCUGUUGAUUUCUAUCUGCUUUACUUGUUUUUCUGUAAUAAAGUACAAUGUCGUA